AUGGCGAUGUCGGACGUGGCCUACAACCCGGCGGCUCCACCAAAGGCCUACACAAACCCAAGCAUCCACGCGCGCAUCAAUGCGUACACGGAGGUGGGAAGGGCGCUCCACGGGGAGACUUGGGAUCCGACCACCGCGCCACUCUCCGGAGAAGCCAUCAUGAGGGCGGGACAAGGGAAGAAGCACGGGCGGUACUUGAUCGCCAACAGCUUGGUCGACACGGCGAGUACGCCCAGUCUCUCGCAGCUUAGGGCAAGUACCACCGACUCGACCCCGCCCAUUCGCCCACGGCCUGAGACUUCAGUGGCCAGCGUGCACCAGAGACAGGCCGAGAUGGAGGCAAAGUUUGAGGAGGAGAGGAGGUGCCGACUGGAGAUCGAGGCCAAGCUGGAGCAGGAGCGGAAGCUGAGGGAGGAGCAGUCGGUUAUGUUGCAAAGCAUGGUCACCUGGAUGCAAGGACUUGGCGCGUCGAUGAACUAUGCGACGCCGCCUCCUCCCUUCGUCUUACCAGCUCAGCCUUACUUUCCUGCAGGACCUUCUGACACUCCAAAUCAGUCGUGGAAUGCAUCGAACGACCCUCCUCCGGACCAGAACUCGCUGGCCGCCUAG